UGUGCUCCAUCAUGGUAUUAGUGGAAGGAAAAGUGCCCCAUCAUUUGCAUCAGUGGAAGGAAUAGUGCCCCAUCAUUUGCAUCAGUGGAAGGAAUAGUGCCCCAUCAUUGGUGUCAGUGGGAGGAAUAGUGUCCCAUCAUAGGUAUCAGUGGGAGGAAUAGUGCCCCAUCAUUGGUGUCAGUGGGAGGAAUAAUGCUCCAUCAUUGGUGUCCGUGGGUGGAAUAGAAUCCCAUCAUAGGUAACAGUGGUAGGCAUAGCGCCCUGUUAUUGGUAUCAAUGAGAGGUAUAAGUGCCCCAUCAUUGGUGUCAGUGGGAGGAAUAGUGUCCCAUCAUGGGGGUCAGUGGGAGGAAUAGUGCCCCAUCAUUGAUGUCAGUGGGAGGAAUAGUGCCCUAUCAUUGGUGUAAGUGGGAGGAAUGGUGCUCCAUCAUUGAUGUCAGUGGGAGGAAUAGUGCCCUAUCAUCAUUGGUGUCAGUGGGAGGAAUGGUACUCCAUCAUUGGUAUCAGUGGAAGGAACAGUGCCCCAUCAUUGGUGUCAGUGGGAGGAGUAAUUUCCCAUCAUUUGUAUCAGUGGUAGGAAUA